AUGGUGCCUCAGCAAUUCAACGAUGCGCCGCAACCUCGAACCCUACUUACUAUCGAACAGUUCCGCCAACAACUUCAGUUUCGCAAGCCAGUCAGGGGCAAAGCAUGGAUAGACGUACAGGACUUUUCGAAUGAGGAGAUUACGCAGAAAUGGGAGCUAGAUGACGCUCUAAAACACAUGGAUAACUCGAGAUACGGGCCUGUCAACUUCCUCAACAUUCGUACGCUACGAGAUAAUGUGGUUCCGUGGGAACUCGAGGGAUUGGCCGACUAUAGAGUCUUGCAGGAGGCAAGCGACCGCGCCGGAGUUGCCAAGGACAACCGACAGGGUCUCAACUUUCCAGAUAGUUUCGCGCUGUGGGGAAAGCAGGGGACUUGGUCAUUUCCCCAUGUGGACAAACAUGGUUUGUAUACUGCAGUACUGUGCGAACAGGGAGAAAAGCUGUGGUUCAGCUGGUCGCUGGACGACAAAGAGUUGGAGAAUUGGGCCAAAGACCGCGAGCGUGGAGAGAAGUACGAGCCCAGCCAGGCAGGCUUUCCAGUCUUGAUGCGCAAUGGCGAUCUACUCAUACAGCCGCCGGGUACUGUGCAUGCUCCAGCAUCAGUCACAAACGUAAUUAUGACUGGGUACUUUUUCUGGUCUUCACGGACGAUGAACACGACUGCACGUUGCGCCCUGCUGGAUCUAGAGCACCCCAACAUUACAAAUGAAGAUGUGCAACCAGAGCUAGGGGGCAGGCUAAAGCAUCUCGCUCACGCAUCAAAACUAAGACUGCAACCGUACAACUGGGGUGAGGAAGACCUUGAGGAGUUUCAACGUCUAGAGCAGAAGAACCUCGUUGUUGUUAUUCACCCCGUACGAUCGUACAAGGCCUACCAACAGAAUGGAUAUUUUGCCGCGUCUUAG